AUGGUUGAUAAUAUUCCCCUUCCAUCAGUGGAAGAAGUUUAUGAAUGGAUCCCAGAUAAUGUUAUUACUUUUCUGGAGUCUUAUCGAAAAGAGUUAUAUCUUGAAGAUCAAGACAUUAAAACAAUUAGAGAUAACCGUGUCACCGGCGCAACAUUCCUUAAACUAACGCUAGGAAAACUUUUAUCAUAUCCUUAUAAAUUUCCUGGUAGGCCUGCAGAACUUAUAGCAGACUUAAUUAAUAAAAUCAAAGACAAAGAGCCAGAGCAAAAGACUGUGAAAACCCUUGAAGACAUUAUUGAAAUCAUCUUGAAAGACGUCAUGCCUAAUUCACUUAAACAAUCUGAUGGACUAAAGAUGCCGCUAAAAGAUCGAGACUUCGCUGAGGCGAUGACUGCAAUCGCAUCAAAUGUUUCUAAUAACCUUAAAUCUUUGACUGCCAAGACAGAUUUUUACAUCCUUGUUAGUGGUGGGGCCCCAGGCAUUGGUAAAACACGGUUUGGCCAGGAGCUUUUCGAUUUCAUUCAAACAAGAGGGGUUAUACCUACUGUCAACAAUCGUCGACCACAUUUCAAAUAUCUUCAUCUUGAUUUUGGGAGCAGUAUUAAACUUGACAAAUUUGACUACCAACUAUCAACGACAGUAAUUAUUGGAUUACGGAUUGCUUAUGAAUUUUUCAUUGCAAGGAAAUAUGAAAUAGAGUUUCAACUUUUUCGGGAACGGGCUUUGCCUUACAUUGAUACAUUCAAGGUUGAAAGUGUCUUUGAAAGCAUCCGGAAAAAACCUUCAAUACAGAACACUCAUCAACUCUUUAGUAUGAAUAAUGAUCUUGCAAUAUUCAUGCUUGGUCCACCUAAAUAUACUUUUGUUCAAACAUUCCUUUCAGGUACCGCACCUCAAGCAGUCAUUGCAACUAAAGAAGAAUCGAAUGUUUCAUUCAAAUUUGUAAAGUGCCCAAUGCUAUCAAUUACAUCUAUGAUUCAAAUUGUCGAUUAUUAUGCUGAAAAAUUUGACACAGAAACGUUUGACAAAUGGAGGCUUUGUUACCGGUUCCUUCAGCUUAUCAAGGACACUGGAGGAUUACCUCGCGCGCUUCAACUCCUUCUUGAUGUUUGUUUUCAUGAUUACAACAAUUGCGAAGAAGAAUUCUUUCUCACUAUUCAUAAACAAUUUUAUAACGAUAUCUUUAACACUAUUGUUGAGAAACUCAAUACGCUUUACAACAUUCGAGAAUUCGUAAAACACAAUAAGCGUCUUACCCUGGAACUCAUACAUUAUUGUAUUGAAGAAAUUCCCGUUAGUACAAACGAAUGUCUAGAUCCGAAUAACAAUAUUAAUACUAUUGAAAAUUUGGAGACUGAUUCACAUAUAAUUCUCAAACGUUAUAAUGAUGCAUUCGAUCAGUUCCUCAUUAAAAUGCCUUUUUUUUAUAUCUGCAUCUACAAUGAUAUCUUGCACAUUAUACAGGAGUGGGAGCAGUCUGUUGCAAAUUAUGGAGCAUUUCGUACAAAUUUAUUUAUCAAACGUGGAAUGCAAACACUGCGUUUGCAGGAACUAUACCGCGGUGCCUAUGGAAAAAAUAGUACAUUAGAUAUUGUUGUUAGGUUAAAGAAACUCUCAGUCUGCCAGGCCAGUGAGCAAUUCCUGUCAAAGUUAACAAAAGAAACUGAUACCCAAAUAAUUGACUGGAAAGACGGGAAUGUCUUGUUUAUUAAUUGUAAGUCAGGUCAGUUUGGAGAUUCAUUUGUUGUUAGAGAAGUUGUUGACGGUUCAAAGCUCCUCAUAAUUGAGCAAGAAUGUUGGGAUUAUAACUCGCAAGAAUUUACACUAUAUCAAGUUCUAGAGAAAUCAAUCAAAAACAUUGAAAAUGUUCUAAGAUCGAAAUCUCCAGAUGGUCUUCUACAGUAUACGCCCAUCAUAAUCUUUUAUACUACUCAACCAUACAGUGGUGAUCCCUCAGAGCUACCAGACCGUUGCUUACUUAUCGCAAAAGGGAAUUUCAGUACAUACUUUGGCCCCGUUUUUUCAUCACAUGCUAUGUUUUCCCUUACUAGGGAUAUAAAUCCUAAUUUUUCGGACCCAGAAAGGAUGGGUUCUAUUAUUUUUGACGUUAAUGAUCAAACUGCACAGGAUAUUGUAUCAAAACGACCAUAUCAUAAUGAAGAGGAAUUCUAUACCAAGCAUCCACGCAUUAAAAGGCAGCAUAUAAAGCUUAGCCUUUACCCAUUCGAUUUAAAUAUAAACUAG